AUGCUCACAGACAAUUCUUGCAUCGCUAAAGCCGCCCCUUCUGCUUUGUCGCAUGGCAUCGCAGGCCACACAAUCAAUCUAAACGUCGUACCCGAAGACAUUCAUCGCAUCAUUCUCUCCGAGCUUGCAGACGCAUCCCCAUCAGACGUAAUCAAUGUGGCACAAUCAUCGGUGACAUUGCGCGAUGUGGCAUUGCCAUUCAUAUACCGCAACAUCACUCUGAGUACGGGACUAGAGAAGACUGAGGAACGGAUGGCGUACCAGGCGCUUGUACAGAAUUUCCGUGAGGAUGAGCAUGGUCAGCUUGCGAGGCACGUUCAUAGUAUCACCGUCAAGAACGAGGUGCCCUCGCAAGACUUGAUUGUGAUACUAAACAAAAUUUCGCGGCAUGGAAGCCUUCGAAUGCUCAACUGGGAGACUUCUGCGCACAUGUCUCGUGCGGUGUUUGACAUGAUACACGCGACUUGGCCAGAGCUCGAGAUAAGAGUUGCUGUCGUGAAUCGUCAGGACGCAAAUAUCCUUGCUCACCGGCAGAUGGACAUGAGGCUCCUGUCUUCCCCCCUUCUUGUCGGCCUGACGUACGUAGUAUACACCCAAGGCUACCGUCCCCGGGAUAUGCCCUGCCGCUCUGAUUGGCCUAAGCUCUCCCAGGCCCUGGCGGCUGGCGGCAACGUACGAUAUCUUCGGCUACAAAGCUUACAAGACGGUACUGGAUUAGGAUUCGACAGCAUCAAACUCGUGCCUGAUACCGAGCCAGACAAGUUGCCGCGCCUAGACCUUGCCGGCUUGCGCCUACCUCAGCUCGAGGAGUUGACUCUCGAAAGCUUGCGACACUGGGGAGAGUCAACCUAUCUCUGGGAUAGCGACCAUGCUCGUAUGUUUCGCAAUACCAUUGACUGUUCUCGGUUGCGCAAACUUGACUUUGGAAGUGACAACCCCACGGCUUUCUUCACGUACUUCACUGGACUUUGUCCGAAACUCAAGACAUUAAGUUUUGGAGCGACCGGGGGUUACCCUAACAGUCCUGAUAUAGAGUCUGCGAAGAGGUUCAUUGAGUCACUUGAUGCACUCGAGCACCUCGAUGUGUCGCAGGCGCAGCAAGGCAUUGACGACCUUUGGCUCGCUAUCGAAAAGCACAAAGAUACACUAAAGACACUAAUCCUUGGGCCCACUUUAGGAAGUUACUGCAGCCCUAUUUACAUGGACUCGAGCCGUCUUGAGGCAAUCGCGUCGACAUUCCCCGAGCUUGAGCGACUUGGAUGGGACGCACCUUGUGAAACCAACAUUGAUGCGAAAAACCUAGAAAUCUUGUCGAGCAUGAAGCUCAAGAAACUCGAUCUCUACCUGCACAUCCCCGACGAGGCAUCGGAUUACAGCGACAAACUUGUACAAGACGCCUUCGGGAGCAUCCCGCCUCCAGCACUUGACAAGAAGCGUUCUAUUACCGCUGCGAUUAAUAUCGCCGAAGUUCUUUCGGAGUCGCAGCAAGAUACUUUGCAGUGGCUCACACUUCGACUUUCUCGAACGGGAUAUUCGGAUCGCUACCAGCCGUGGAUGAUGCAUACCAAGCUACAACUUAGAAGAAAUGGUUACCCCGGUCGAAUUGGCGAACAAAUGUGGGACGUCCGCGGCAAAAUGGACUGGUAUGGUCUUCCUCCGCUCGAGGAAGAUCUGCUCUUUGAAGAAAAGUAG